AUGGGUAGCUGCACUGCUCUCGGGAGAUGAAAAGGAUGCGGGGUUUUGCUCUGAACUUCAUUAUCUGUAACUAAGGUUUUAACUGAAAACUUAAAUCAACAGAUAGUAAUAGACCUCUUACUGUCACGAAGUGCACCUGGAGGCUGGAAGGACCUGGGGAAGAAUGAGCUAUUACGGCAGUAGCUAUCCGAUUGUAAACGUGGACCCCAAAUACCCAGGGUACCCCCCAGAGCACAUCAUAGCGGAGAAGAGAAGAGCCAGGAGGCGUCUGCUCCACAAGGACGGCAGCUGCAAUGUGUACUUCAAGCACAUUUUUGGAGAAUGGGGGAGCUAUGUGGUUGACAUUUUCACCACCCUUGUAGACACCAAGUGGCGCCACAUGUUUGUGAUAUUUUCUUUAUCUUAUAUUCUCUCCUGGUUGACAUUUGGCUCCAUCUUUUGGCUCAUCGCCUUUCAUCACGGAGAUCUGUUAAAUGAUCCCGAAGUCACACCUUGUGUUGACAACGUCCAUUCCUUCACGGGGGCAUUUUUGUUCUCCCUGGAAACCCAAACCACCAUAGGUUACGGUUACCGCUGUGUCACUGAGGAAUGCUCUGUGGCAGUGCUCAUGGUGAUCCUUCAGUCCAUCUUGAGCUGCAUCAUAAAUACCUUCAUCAUUGGAGCUGCCUUGGCCAAAAUGGCAACUGCUCGAAAGAGAGCCCAAACCAUUCGCUUUAGCUACUUUGCACUCAUAGGCAUGAGGGAUGGGAAGCUUUGCCUCAUGUGGCGCAUUGGUGACUUCCGACCAAACCACGUGGUCGAAGGCACAGUGAGAGCCCAACUUCUCCGCUACACAGAAGACAGUGAAGGGCGGAUGACGAUGGCAUUUAAAGACCUAAAGUUAGUCAAUGAUCAGAUCAUCCUUGUCACACCGGUAACUAUUGUUCAUGAAAUUGACCAUGAGAGCCCUCUGUAUGCCCUUGACCGAAAAGCAGUGGCCAGAGAUAACUUUGAGAUUUUGGUGACAUUUAUCUAUACUGGUGAUUCCACGGGGACUUCCCACCAAUCCAGAAGUUCCUAUGUUCCCCGAGAAAUUCUCUGGGGCCACAGGUUCAAUGACGUCCUGGAAGUUAAGAGAAAGUACUACAAGGUGAACUGCUUGCAGUUUGAAGGGAGCGUGGAAGUGUACGCCCCCUUUUGCAGUGCCAAACAACUGGACUGGAAGGACCAGCAGCUCCACAACCUGGAAAAAGCCCCUCCAGUCCGAGGAUCCAGCACAUCAGACACCAAGGUCAGAAGACGGUCAUUCAGCGCAGUUGCCAUUGUGAGCAGUUGUGAAAACCCAGAGGAGACCACCACCUCGGCCAUGGAUGAGUGUAAGGAAGCACCUUACCAGAAAGCUGUCUUGACUUUGAAUAGAAUUUCUGUAGAAUCCCAAAUGUAGUUCAAAUUGUGAUCAUGAGGGCUGCCACCCGAUCAUUUAAGUCUGUAGCUAGUCACCUGCAGGCAAGUAGUUAUACACAGGGUUUUAAGGGAUGGUAUAGCCAUGUGCCAUGGUGACAGGGGAGAAAAAAAGCAGGUUAAAUCUGGUAAAAGAUCAUCUAAAAAUGACAUAGGACCCACUUGGUUAAACUUUUUAUUUUUUUGGCCAGCAAAUUUCGUAUUAGGGAUGCUAUUUAGAGCCUAUUUGAUUAAUUUAAAUUUCACCUCCAUUCAUUAUACCAUAUACUUGUAUCUUCAAUAGGAGGUAUCAGAUUUAAUAAUGGAGAACAAAGGUAGGAUACUGGAAUAAAUAACAAUAGGAAGGAAGAUGGGUAGCCAGCAUAAAUAACAGGUUUUUAAAUGUGUCAAAAUUGAUAGUAGUUUCCACUAAAAGUGUCAUGUCAUCCAAACAAGGUAUGCGAGAUACACGUUCAGUGGAUUGUAACGCUGGGAAAUUUAACUGCAGUCACCUGGCAGGUUUGAUAAGUGCCCCUCACAGUGUCUUGGUUUCAGCAGAAAAAAAAAGACACCUGCCACUUCUCCAGGUAGUGAUCAUUGCGUGCUAGAAGCUGGGUUUUUUCUAAGUCAUAAAGCAGAAGAAGAGUGGACAUUAUUCAGAGCAGUAUUUCUCUCAUAAACGCCUAGGUGGAUUGCAACAAAGGGCUUUAUGUAGAGAACAGAAAUAAGCCAACAAAUGAUAAGGGGCUUCCUAGGUCCACCCCUCAUCUUCUCUUGGAAGAUGGAACCAUUUUUUUUUGUGGCAUGGGGGGUGGGGAGCAUAAUGGAGGGAGGACAAGGGGGAAGAUAUUUAUUUGUGCCCAGAAGCAGUUAUGUGUGCCUCCUGUCUUGAUCACUUUACAAGACAUAAAUGACUUGAAUUCUAAGUUUUAAGAAACUCUUCCAUUGAAUGUGGAACAAUCAUUUAGAUAGAAGAUUUUGUGAAAUAUAAUUAACAUGAUUUUUAUGCAUAUUAUUAAAUGGUUAAAGCUAAGUGCUAUGGAAUUGCUUCCAUUUUUGAACAUGAGAUAAAUUUGUAUGCUCUGUUUCUGUGUUAAAGGAUGUUAAUUAUGGUUACAUUAAACCUAGUCCCUAGUGAGUAAGCUUUAUAAAUUGAACAGUUAUCAGCUACAUUCAGAGUUACCUGUGUUUCUUUUCUUUCUUUCUUUUUUUCUUACAUUGUUGCUGAGCUGACAAUAAGUAUAUGCCACAGUUUUCCCUUUGUUUAUUUUCUUUAAAUUUAUGUACACACAAUUUUUGCUUUAUUUAGAAAAUCUCCCUAUCCCCCUCUCCCCACUUAAAUUAAAGGACACAAGUAAAUUGAACUGAAUCAUAUAGUCUGUGUGUACCAAUAAAAGUAAAAUAUGUAGGCAUGUGAAGUGUUUUUCCUUGGUUUUUCUUCUUCUUUUUUUCUUUUAUCCAUCCUCCCUUCUCCCCCUUCAUUUCUCUCUUUUUCUUUUGAUUAUGAACAAUGAAGUUACUUUCUAAAUGCACAUGUGCAAAUCUUUUAUUCCUGUUGUUUUAUGGAUAAGAGUUUUGCUCAGGUCCCAAGUUGUAAAAGUGUCCUGAAGCUUCAUAUCUGAGAUCUAAGGAAUGCAUUUUUUUUUUCUGUCUUGCUUCAGAAAUGCAAAACCCAUUUUUAAAAUUACACAUGCAUUGUAGAUUUGGACGUAUUGCAGUGACUGCUCAGCUAAAUCAAAGCACUACAGUCUACCAAGUAGCAAACAAGCACCCCCACCACAAAUCCAAAUGCCCUUCCCCUUUGUAAGCUCCUUUCACACACAUCUAGUUCAUUUCACUUUGCCUUGCUUCCUAGACUCUGCCUGGCCACGAUUCUGUUUUCAUUAGUAUCAGAAUAGACGUAUCAAUGAAUCCAUUCUGCUGUGCUCUGUCUCGCCCAUCAAAUCCCCCUACCGAGAACAGAAUGUAAAAUAUGCAUUCACAUGUAACAUUUGUCCCUAAUUUUCUGUUUAGAUUUAUAACAUACCUUGACACCCCAGCGAGUUAUUAAUAAUAAAGAUCUCAAAAUUGUG